UCCUUCAAUUCUCUCUUCCUCUUCUUCUUCUUACCCUCUCUCCAAAUUCUAUUUCUUGGUCACUUCCAGAAUUAUAUAAUAGUAAUCUAUGGAAAAUGAUGAUCUGAAAUCGGAGGAUCAGAUGGAGAUUAUGAUGAUGAUGCAACAAAUGGAGAAAAUCCCUGAAUUUUACAAUCAUCUCUCACCGCCCUCCGAUCAUUUCAGCUCAAGCACCACCGACCCACAUUGCCUGGAAACCCUUCAACAAGCCGCAGAGUCCUCCUCGCCUCCCUUCACCAACAACCUACCUUAUAAUUUGCCACAAACUGUUCCAUUCCCCACCAGUUCACGGUGGCGAAACUCUGGCGGUGAAACGGACUUGCAGAAACAGAGGUCGGUGGCGGCGAUGAGGGAGAUGAUAUUCCGAAUAGCAGUGAUGCAACCAAUCCAAAUAGACCCAGAAGCGGUGAAGCCACCAAAGAGGAGAAACGUCAAGAUUUCAACCGACCCACAAAGCGUAGCGGCUCGACAUAGAAGAGAGAGAAUUAGCGAGAGAAUUAGGAUACUCCAAAGAUUGGUCCCUGGAGGUACCAAAAUGGAUACCGCUUCUAUGUUGGAUGAGGCUAUACAUUACGUAAAAUUCUUGAAGACCCAAGUGCAAUCCCUUGAAAGAGCCGCCACCAACAGGCCACUCCCUGAUGCUGCUGCUGCAGCAGCAUCUGGCGUAGGGUUUCCUCUGGAAAUGUCAAGUGGCAGCUAUGUCCCCAUGGCCAAACCAUCCCAAAUGACUCACAACCUUGAGCAGUACGGAGAUGCUUAAUUAUCCUUAAAAAAAAAAAAAAAAA